AUGGUGAUUGCUUACUGCGGGGCCCUGGCUUCCUUCCCGGACUACUGGUGGACCUGCACGUUGUGCUUCGGCCUGCCUUUCUCGUACAUCGCCAUUCAGAACAUCUACAUCGACCACGAUGUCAUGCGCGGGGCCACGUUCCCGGUCUAUGAGUGGCAGCGCUUCCUCACCCACCCGUUUGCAGAUUUCUUCAGUUUGCCUUGGGAGGAGUUCGUCCUGGAGCACAACAGGCAUCACGCGUCCACGGUGGACUUGCUGAUCCAGGGCGAGUUCGGCUGGGAUCCCGAGGAGUUCCACUAUGCUCUGCAGCAGUGGGCCGGGCCGUGGGGCUCCAACUGGUACAAGUACCUCCUGACCGUGCCGUUCAUCCCAG